ACCAGGUUCAACCCACUUCACUGGACGGCAGCUCAGUUCUGCCACUGCCAGCGCCCGAGCAGUUCUCUGGCACUGCGCACCAGUGCAGCUGCUGGCAGCUGCCUGCUCAAGAAUCAAGGCCCAAGGGUCAACUCAUUUUCUGAGCUGGCAUUGAAAUGAGCUUGUGCAUUUUGAGAAGAGCGCAGAGUAGCAGCACUUGUCAGUUUGUUCCCUGCUGGAACACUUUUGACAAACCUUUGAUCAGCAGGUGGUGCGAGAUGUCAUCGCUGUCACUAGAAGAAAGUAAGCGGAAGUGGGCGCAAGAAUAACGAAACGGUCUUCUUGUUUGGAUAUCGGCAAACUUCCACGGUUGACAAGUCUUUUUAGAAAGGGGUAGUGAUUGCGCAGGACUGAGGAAGCGUCACCCAGAAGCUACCACGUUGAUGUAACGCCACCAUGGCAGCAGCAAACACGAUAAGCAAGUUUGCCAUCACCUCGCUCUUGAUGUGGGUGUUCCCUCUGCUGAUCAUCCAUGCUUUCUACAAUAACACUUUCAAUGUCUGGGAGCUCUCGAUCAUUCGGAGUUUAUCCCCGGAACAUCGAACAAUCUUGAUGGGUCUGCUGGCUGUGUUAUCAGUGAACCUUGUUAUAGCAAUCUAUAUCUACCUUGCCCUUAAAGAGCCCCGCACAGCAGCUGAGCCGCAACCGGAUCCUGCUUUCGCUGAGGGAGCCAGAAAAUCAGUAGAGGGGACGGCACCUCGGAAACGAGCACCAAAAGCAGACUGACAUUUAUGGCUUCUGAACCCGAGUAUGAAAACAGACUGACAUUCUUGUUUUUGACGACUUAUGUAGAGUUGGCCGGAAUCUCUGUCUAAAUCCAAUUCUUGGCCACACGAACAGAUGCUCGUGAACAGCUUGUGACUUUGUCAAGGUAAUACCGAACCUGGUGAUAUCUGGGGUACCGGUGCUAUAAUAGGUCUGUUAAUUACCUCAGUCAGCCUCUGAACCGCAUCUCGGUGGAUGCUGUGAAGCCACAAUCACGUUGUCCAGGAAAAUAUCUGUCAUCAGGAGCUUAGCAUGCGGCAUCUCGCUGGUAUGAUCGAAGGCUUUAUACUUUGUGC